GAUGUUUGGCAUGUUGUUUUGCGCUCUCAAUUCGACCGGUGUGCAUUCUAAUCCAUUCUAAUCACAGUGAAGACAUGAGCUACAGUAACUUCGAAGUGUCUAUCGCAACACUCACCUACCUUCAUAAAAUAGCAAAAGAAUGCGCUCCUAUAUCUUUGCCGCUUACAAGGUGCAUCAGCUACCGUCUUCUGGAGUGCAGUGGACGAAGAGGUGUCGGUGAUAAACAUUUGACGAAGUGUGAGACUUGUGGAAUAGCUUGGGACCCAUCCAGUGUUAAAAUCCGCACAAAACCUAGACUUCUGUUGCGAAGGAGCAUUAGGAAGCUGCUUGCCAAAGAGCGGCACCGGCCAUGGCUUCUCAACUCAAGGCAAAAGAAACUACUGAAGCGUUUCAAUCGUGCUACAACAAUGCUAGUAUACCUGUGCAAAAUGUGUGGCAAAAAGCAGGAGCAAGCUUGUCCAAAACCAUUGAGGAACCAAACAUCUACAGCCAAUUCAACCUUUUUCUGCCGUAAAGAAAUGGGUGCUAAGAGCACGAAGAGACCCAUUUCAAGCCCUCUCCAUGUGCUUGUAAAGAAGAAGAAAAAAGAAAAGUGGACAGUAUCAGAUCCACCAAAGGAAUGUGCCUCUGUCAAACGCAACAGGAGCUUGUUGAAGCGUGUUCUUAUUGAACAGGACACGCAAAAAACGAGCAGUGGAGGACUUCAUAGUUUCCUCUCUUCUCUGUAGAGUACUAUAUUGUGCUUCUCAGUCACUGUCAUCUGCUAAUAAAAGUGUUCAGGAUGCAGCUUUAUGUGUAAUACCUA